AUGCGCUCCGCCAUCAUCCUCGCCGGCACUGCCGCCCUGGUGGCCGCCCACCCCAAGCCGGCUGGCACCUGCGACGCCGACAACUGCUACCGCGACGUCAUCAACCCCAAGCACGGCGAGGGCGUCGCCGUCAGCCUGUGCGAGAACCUCCUGGGCCCCAAGCCCUCGGGUCUGCCCUCCGUGUGGAUGGACGCCUGCCAGGCUGACGGUGCCCGCAUCUCGUCGGCUUGCUCCUGCGUCCUCCACUCGGCCACCAAGACGGCCUCGUCUUCCACGGCCGCCGCGACCCUGCCCCCGGUCUCGGCCACCGUCACCAGCGCCAGCGCCAAGACCACCACCACCGCUGCCGCCGGAGACGACGAGGACUGCGAUGAGGAUGAGUCUAGCACCUCGCCUGCCGGCUCUGCUUCGACCACCGGUCCCGCCGCCACCGGCCCGGCCGUCUCGACCACCGGCCCUGGCGUCCCCACCAAGACCAGCUCGGGCGCCGUCCCCACCGCCACUGACGAUGAGGGCUGCGACGAGGACGAGUCCAGCACCUCGGCCUAUGCCUCGGGCACCAAGGCCAGCUCGGCCGUUGUCUCCUCGGCCACCAAGGCCACUUCUGCCACGUCGGUCGUCAUCUCGCUGACCACUGCCACCGGCAGCACCGCCACGGCCACUGGCCCCGCCGUCACCGGCCCCGCCACCAGCGGCUUCUUCAACUCGACCGUGAGCGUCUCGCGCCCUGCCACCAGCGGGUUCGCCAACUCGACCAUGAGCCUCUCGCGGCCCCCGGUCGCCGUCACCACCUCGUCGGUCAAGCUGACCACUUCGACCGUCUACACGACCGACGUCCACACCGUGACGGCCUGCCCUCCCACCGUCACCAACUGCCCUCUCAAGGACAAGACCACCACCGUCGUCACCGAGGUGGUCCCCGCCUACACCACCAUCUGCCCCGUCACCGAGACCGGCCCUGCUCCCACUGGUCCCGCCGGCGGUAACGUCCCUGUCCCUACUGGCCCCGCUGGUGGUGCUCAGCCCUCGGGUGCUCAGCCCUCGGGCCCUGCCGGCGGUGCUCAGCCAUCGGGCGCCCAGCCCACUGGUCCCGCUGGUGGUGCCCAGCCUUCCGGCGCCCAGUCCACUGGCCCUGCCGGCGGUAACGUCCCUGUCCCUACUGGUCCCGCUGGUGGUGCUCAGCCAUCGGGCGCCCAGCCCACUGGUCCCGCUGGUGGUGCCCAGCCUUCCGGCGCCCAGUCCACUGGCCCUGCCGGCGGUAACGUCCCUGUCCCUACUGGUCCCGCUGGUGGUGCUCAGCCAUCCGGCGCCCAGCCUACUGGUCCCGCUGGUGGCGCCCAGCCCUCCGGUGCCCAGCCUACUGGUCCUGCCGGCGGCGCUCAGCCUUCUGGUGCCCAGCCCACCGGCCCCGCUGGCAACGUCCCCGUGCCCACCGGCCCUGCCGGCGGCAACGCUCCCUCGGUCACCCCCUCGGCCGACCUGACCACCGCCACCGCCACGUCGACCCUCUACACCACCAAGACCCGCACCCUGACCCGCUGCAAGGCCGGCACGCCCAACUGCCCGGCCGAGGACCAGACCACGUCGGUCGUGACCGAGACAUACGCCGUCUCGACCACCGCCGUGCCCGCCACGCCCACCGCCGGCUUCCCCGUCGUCUCCAAGCCUCCCUUUGCCGGCGGCAACGGCACCGUCCCCUCGGGCACCGGCUCGGUCGUCAAGCCCUCCCCCGUCCCGGUCCCCACCAACUCCCUGGUCAAGCCCGCCCCUGUCCCCGUCGGCACCCCCUCCAUGGUCAACCCCGUGCCCGUCCCGGCUGGCACCAACUCGGUCGUCAACCCCGUGCCCGUCCCGGCCGGCACCCCCUCCAUCCCCCAGCCCAUCAACAACGCCAGCCCCUCGGGCACCGUCCCCAAGCCCAACCCGGCCGGCAACAACGGCACCGUCCCCGUCAUCCCGGCCAAGCCCUCGGUCGUGCCGUCGUCGCCCGCCAGCCAGCCCCCCGCCGGCACCUCGCCCGCUGUGCCUGUGGCCACUGCCGGUGCCAGCCACGUCGUCGGUGCCGGCUUCGGCAUGGCCAUCGCCGCCGCCUUUGCCGUCUUCUUCCUGUAA